AUGUCGAAGAAGAAAGGUGGUGGAAGCACCAUGACGCUGAAGGACUUCCAUGGCGGUUCUAUACCUUCUGAUCUCCCUCUCCCUUCGGCUCCCGGCGUAACUGUGAGGCCUUCGGACCGGGUUGGUUAUGACCGGCCUGCGUCGUGGGGAAACCCGAUGGGGAGGCCGGAUCAUUGGUCUCGGCCGCACACAUCACCCGCAACUAGGCAUUACGAUGACAAAUCCCUGUUUCUUCCACAUACUACUACAAUUGGGAGGAAUUUUGAUGAGGAUGAAAGGAAGCCGCUGGAUGGAAGUUCUGCCCCAAGGAGACAAAUUAGUGAUGAGAGCCUUCGUGGUCCUCCGCCUUUUCGUGUUGAGGUGAAGAGAAGCAGUUCAUUGAGCAGGCAAGUGGCUCCGGUGUCCCCUGUUGGGAAUGCUAAUUCGUACUCGGCUAGGCUUGCCGAGACAGUUCAUGUGGGAGUAAAUUCUCAGAGUUUUGGAGGUAGUAAGGAAAAUGGAUCAGCCGCUGCUGGCUCUGGUGGUGGUGGUUAUCCAAAUGCGUGGUCAAUGAGGAAGGAGGUGGCAGGUGCUGUUGAGUCGGAACAAGCUGCUUGGUCUGCCGCUAAUGCUGUUUCCAAGUUGACUCAUGCUAGUGCCCUUGAUAAGGUGGCUUCUGGUAGAUGGCAGUCAGUCCAUCAUCAGACAGAUGUUGAGGUGGUCAGACCUUCCGAAGUGGAGAGUAGACCGCAUGCGUUUAUUAAUAGCAAUAGGAUGGAUAUAGUGCGUCAAAAUGAGCAUUCUGAUGAAAUUCUAGCAAGACACGCUGAAAGAAGUUUAGGUAUUGAUAAUCAGAUGCGAGGUGGUAGGAAUGAGUUACUCGAACAUGACAGAUCGGGGGUUUCCAAGUAUUCAGAUGUGCGUCCAAGAAGUGUAGGUCAGUUUUCUGACAGGGUUCAGCCUGCUCGAACUGAUGCCAAAGUUGUUGGUUCUGAAUCACAGCACCAUAUAGCUUCUGAACCAAUUGAGCGACCUAAACUGAAGUUGCUGCCAAGAACAAAGCCGCUGGAUAGUUCAGAACCCUCUGUUACAGAACACGCCCAGGGAUAUCGUCAAGUUAAUGAUUCUAGCCAUGUGGAACCUGUUUAUCAGGGACAUGGGCAUGCCAAUCUUGUGAAGCCUGUUUCGUCUGGAACCGAAAGUGGGAAGGAUUUAGGACAGCGUCCAAAGCUGAAUCUGAAGCCUCUGAAGCCCCGACCUGAGGUAUAUGAACAGUCAGAAGGAAACAGGGAAAGAGACAGGAAUGCUUUAUUUGGUGGAGCUCGCCCUCGAGAAUUGGUUUUGAAGGAGCGAGGGGUUGAUGAUGUUGCAAUCAAAAACUAUGAUGUGGUUGAGAGUUCAAACAGGGUUGAACAAAACAUUUUGAGGUCCGAGAAACUUCAUGAUCAUUCAAUCCAGAAUCGAUAUGGUGAAAAAACGGACGAUGGUCUCAAUCAAAGAACAGGCCGAAAACCUGAAAGGAAGGAGCAAAAGGUAGAUGGUGACAGGACUCUUGGACAGAGAAAGAAUUGGCGCAGCGGUGAUAAUAAUAAUAACAAUAAUAAUCGGAGAAACCCGAGGGAAACUGAUAGGCAGCAAGUCUCUGAGAGGCCAUCUUCACCUGAAACAUGGCGCAAGCCUGUGGAAUCAUCUCAAGGUGCCGGUGGCCCUCGCUACGGCAGAGCAGCUUCGGCAGUUGACCUUGCUCAAGCAUUCUCAAAAUCCGUGUCAGAGCCCAAAGUAAAUGAUAGGUUUUCAGGUCAAAGGGAGUUGAACAAUGGGAGGCCACAAGUGCCCUUUUCACGGCUUGUUGGUCCUACUACUUCAAGACCUCAGAUAAAUGGUUAUUAA